UGGCGCCCGAGCAGCGUGUAGUGACGGACAUGAGCAGGGUGGAGGCAAAGAAGCCAGCUGGCAGCCUCCUAAGUGGACAUAAAGCUGAUGUUUUGAAACAUUUACAGAUCUUCUGCUUGCAAACAGUCUCAGCGUCGACGAGCAGCUUGAGAUCCGUCACUUAGAUGUGACUUCAGCGAGCCGCCGCUGUCAGCCCGCGUGCUCGUGCCAGCCGCCAAGAAACAAAGGAGGAUGACUUUAGCGCCAAACAGCAGCGUGCACGCGCACCUGCGCGACGACGAGGUGCAGGUGGUGGAGAACGCCAUCCGACUGGCGGUGGACUCCAUCUUGAACGUGCUGUACGGCGUCAACAGCGGCCGCAGCCGGGAGUACCAGAGGAUGGUGGCCGACAGGGACAAAGAGAUCCUGCGGCUGGAGGACAGGCUGCGCGCCAUGGAGGCCGACGUGCGCGCGCGCCGCCGCUGCGCCUGCGCGUGUGCGUGUGCCAUGGCCUCCGGGAGCGCGCGUGACCAGGUGACCUCGCCGCCGCGCUCAGGUGAGCCGCAGGCCGGGGAGGAGAGAGCCCAUGGCGGGGACACCCAGCCGGAAGUUGGCCGGCAGGAACUAAGUUUCUCUUUGGGAUUGUUUGCCAGCCCGCCCUCCGUCAGGCAGGAGGCACCAGGAGGUCUCCCCUUAUCUUCCAUCAGCCGACCAGGUCCAGGUCCUGGUCCAGACCCGGGCUCAGCAGACCCCUCGGGCACGUUGGAAGUCUCCGGGAAGUCGCCCUCGCCUUCUUCCAGCGGCCUCGCCGUCAAAGAGGAGCCGUGCGACAUCGACGCCGUGCUCAUCAAGUGGGAAAUGAGCGAAGAGAGAUUUAGGGAGCAGCAGGAGCGAGAUGGAAGUCUUUGUUGGGACGAAGAACAUUUGGAGGACAUGGAGGGCAUGAACUACGGCGAUGCGGAUGCAGUCGCUCAGCAGAUGACAGAAGCGGAGCAGCUGAGGAGCAGGAAGAAGCGGGUGUCCAUGGCGGAUCUACCCGAGGAGGCCCAGAGGCUGAAGAGGGCGGCGUGGCGGGCGGCCUCCCGCCGAUACUACGCCCGCAAGGUGGCCCGCCAGCAGUCGGCCCUGACCCGCCCGGCGCCCUUCCACCACCAGAUGGAGCCUCACUACUCGGGCGCCCCGGCCGACUUGCAUUGCUUGGCGUUCGGCAACAAAAGGAAGCGAGCGCCCAUUUCCAUGCUGCCUCAGGAGUCGCAGGCCCAGCAGAGGGAGGCCUGGCGAGCGUCCUCCAGGCGCUACUACCACUCACGCAAAACCUCUCUGCAUCCCGCGGCGGCCUCGCAUUACCCUCUCCAGAACACGGAGCCUUCGGGAGACGCACAUGACGGCGGGGACUCGUACGCCGACACCGAAGGACUGGGAGGAAUCUUGUGUAGUUGAUGUUGUACAUGAGACUUAUUUAUUGCUGAUGUUUCCUCCUCACUUGCACUAACCGGGAGGAGCCUUCCUUCCUUCCUUCCUUCCUUCUCCCUCCUUCCCUUACUCGCACUACAGCGCCCCUAGUGGCCAGCAGCUGCAUUACAGCCUUCUGAGCUCAUCUUUCCUUUGGUCCUGCUAUAAAUAAAUGGUGGUGAAUAAAAACCAG